GUUCAUACGCUGCUAGCUUGUGAAGUUGUUAUUUAACCAGCGUAUUUAAAACAAGCAAAACAAUGCAAAAUUGUGUUAAACUAUUGCCGCUGGCUAUCAAGUGGCAACAGCGGAGCAUCAGCACAACAGCGCAAAUGGCUGGAAAGCGUAACUUUCGUAAAUUCAACGUUUACGGCAAACGCGGAACACGUGUGGUGAAGGAGGCACAGCGAACGCUAGCGAAUCCCCCAGUGGCCGUGCAGAAGAGAGGUGUGCGAGACACGGGCAUCUCGGUUAAUGGUCAAUUUGUGGAGAUUCCAGAGAAAAUACCCGACAUCAUAGUUCCAGAUUUAACCGGCUGUAAACUGAAGCCAUAUGUAUCAUACAAGGCGCCAGAAGUGAUCCAAUCAGAGUUUACCAGCCUGGAUCUCUUCAAUGCCGUCUAUUCCCAGAAGAUUAUAGAGGACUUUAAGGCUGGCCAACUACAGGCCGAUGGUAGCCCAAAGGAACCCUCAUCCAACGAGCAACUAACGCCGCAGGAAGCAUUGCUGCGAGCGCGUAAAACAGGCAGUGAUAUUUUUUAGAUGAAUAUGCUCUUAAGCUUUAUUGUUCUUAAAUAGAAUGUGGUCUGCAACUGCUAAAUGUACUUUCGUCUAUAAUUGUAAAGCUUGCGCAGCCACUUCUCUGCUUUCAGUUCAGAAUCACCCAAAAACUGCAAGAGGUACAAACAUUUGUUAAUAAUAAAAACCACACAUAUAAAUAAAAAUUUCAACUUACAU